UUUAACCUAUUUUGAAUUUAUUUUGUCAAUGUCAAAUAAAAGUGCAAAUGAAUUAUUAAAAACGAAUCCGUUAAAUUCCGGUAAAUUAGAAUGUGGAAACUAAUACAACAUGUGCCAAAUAUCCACAACACAUUUAGGUAUGCCCUUCUCAAAAACUGCAAUGGUAUUCGGUCCAAUUUCUUCCAAACUACAAAAAACCAUGUUACGAAUGCACCUAAAACACAUUUCAAACCUAUUUUCACAUUUCCUAAGAUAACGGUGAUAGGCAUAGCUAUAGCCAGCGGAGCUGUAGUACAAAUAGUAGUACAUAAAAAUACGGCAUUAUGUGAGAAAAAGGGAUCUAGGAUGGCUGGAUAUCGAAAGUCUUCAGACAAGCAUUUGAAAUUCGAUUGGAAACUUUUCUGGUUGUACGUUCGACCUCAUAUUUGGUAUUUAAUUGCAGCUAUUGUGGGUGCCUUAGCUGUAGCUUUAUUAAAUAUAGCAAUACCCCAGGUGAUGGGAGGUGUUAUAAACGUACUAGCAAAAUUUAACGAGUCGAAAGACAGUCAAAUGUUUAUAUCUGAAAUGAAACUGCCAGCAAUUAAAUUGGUCAGCAUGUACCUUGCUCAGAGCUGCUGUACCUUUUUCUAUAUUGUCAUGCUAUCAAACCUGGGAGAGAAAAUAGCGUUCAAUAUGAAAGUACAUUUGUUCGCAUCGAUUUUAAGACAAGAUAUAGGCUUUUUCGAUGAGCAAAGAACUGGGGAGAUCAUCAACAGGCUGACGACGGAUAUUCAAGACUUCAAAAGCAGCUUCAAACAAACAGUUUCUGGAGGCCUAAGGGCCUCCGCACAGAUCGUUGGUUGCUCGGCUUCUUUAUUGAUGAUUUCACCGCAAAUGACCUUUGUUUCUCUCCUCUGUAUCCCAAGCAUUAUAUUUGUCGGAACUGUGUUUGGUUCGCUGUUGCGGGUCAUAUCAAGAAGAGCACAAGCGCAAGUAGAAAAAACUACUGCUGUUGCUGAUGAGGCCGUCGGAAAUAUUAGAACGGUCCGCGCUUUCGCAAUGGAGGAGCAGGAGUUAGAGCUGUUCGAGAAUGAAGCUCUGAAGGCGUUAGUUUUGAAUGAAACCCUAGGAUUUGGUAUUGGUUUGUUCCAGGCUGGAACCAACUUAUUUUUAAACGGAAUGGUCUUGGCAACGCUGUACAUGGGAGGUUACCUGCUCUCUACGAAUCAGCUAUCGGCUGGCGAGGUGAUGGCUUUCCUCAUGGCCUCUCAGACUAUUCAGCGCUCGUUGGCCCAAAUAUCGCUCCUUUUUGGAUCGGUGGUGCGAGGGGCGGCAGCGGGGGCCAGAAUAUUUGAGUAUAUUAAAAUGGAGCCCACGAUACCUCUUAAAUUUGUCGACCAUUCCCCUUGGAACGUGCAGGGGGAUAUAAAGUUUAACGACGUCACUUUUGCCUAUCCUAGCAGGCCACAACAGAAUGUACUGCAAAACUUCAACCUGACUGUACCAGCAGGCAAAACCGUAGCAAUUGUAGGUGCCUCAGGGAACGGCAAAUCAACUAUUGUGGCUCUUUUAGAGAGAUUUUAUGACGUGAAAGGUGGCAGCAUUACCUUGGAUGGCCGCGAUAUCAGAACCUUAGAUCCGUCUAAGCUACGAGGCAAGACACUUGGGUUGAUAAGUCAGGAACCUGUUCUUUUCGGCACUUCCAUUUUAGAAAAUAUUAGGUACGGCAGACCCGAAGCCACAGACCAAGAGGUGCGGGAAGCUGCAAUCCUAGCGAAUGCAGACGAAUUCAUAUCGUACUUCCCCAAAGGGUACGACACACUGGUAGGCGAGAGGGGAGUGACGCUAUCUGGUGGUCAGAAGCAGAGAAUUGCCAUUGCCAGAGCUCUCUUGAAGUUUCCGUCAGUUCUGCUACUGGAUGAAGCCACAAGUGCUCUAGAUACCGAAUCCGAGAAAAUUGUACAAGAAGCUUUGGAAAAAGCCAGGAGAGGCAGAACGGUGAUAGUUAUUGCUCAUAGACUGUCGACUAUUCAAAAUGCUGACAUCAUUGUCGUUUUACACAAAGGAAAGAUUGUCGAGACCGGAACACACGAGUCCCUAAAAAAAUUGAGAGGCUAUUACUGGUCCCUGGUGUAUCAACAAGAAAAUAGUCCUGCCGCCUAGAAGAUAAAUAGCUAAAUUUUUGUUGACACUUGUAAAUACAUGUUAAAAACAAAUAUAUUUAAUUCGUUAUCAA